AUGAGUCGCUCGGCUUCGCUGAAAGGAAAGGACGCCAAGACUGGCAAGCUGCCGGGACAUGUUGCUCCAAAGUAUGAGUGCCAGUGGUGCGGAAAGCGCUUCACAAGGCCUUCAAGUCUCAAGAUUCACCUUCAUGUGCACACGGGCGAAAAACCUUUCGUCUGCGAAGUACCCGGCUGCGGCCGUUCGUUCAGCGUUCAAUCCAAUCUGCGCCGCCAUCAAAAGGGUCACCAGAUAUCUGGUCUCGGGCGAUCCGAGGAGCCGGGUGACGGUGGGGACUCUCCUGCGUCCAUGCAAGGCGAGUUGGAUUCAGAGAUGAUGGAAAUCGACGAAAAACACACACCGACUCCAACGCCGACGUCAGCCUCUGCGCAUCGCUAA